AUGACACCACAUUAUUCCUCUAAUAUUCCAUCCUUAAAUAAAAUCCAAACUUCUUCAACUGAUAUUGAAGAUGACACCACAUUGCGUUCUAUCGAUAAUAUUGAUGAUAAUAAUUCAAUUGAAAACACUAAUAUUCCAAAAGUAGAUUCCUCUAAUAUUCCAUCCUUAAAUAAAAUCCAAACUUCUUCAACUGAUAUUGAAGAUGACACCACAUUGCGUUCUAUCGAUAAUAUUGAUGAUAAUAAUUCAAUUGAAAACACUAAUAUUCCAAAAGUAGAUUCCUCUAAUAUUCCAUCCUUAAAUAAAAUCCAAACUUCUUCAACUGAUAUUGAAGAUGACACCACAUUGCGUUCUAUCGAUAAUAUUGAUGAUAAAAAUUCAAUUGAAAACACUGAUAUUCCAAAAGUAGAAUCCUCAAAUAUUCCAUCCUUAAAUAAAAUCCAAACUUCUUCAACUGAUAUUGAAGAUGACACCACAUUGCGUUCUAUCGAUAAUAUUGAUGAUAAAAAUUCAAUUGAAAACACUGAUAUUCCAAAAGUAGAAUCCUCAAAUAUUCCAUCCUUAAAUAAAAUCCAAACUUCUUCAACUGAUAUUGAAGAUGACACCACAUUGCGUUCUAUCGAUAAUAUUGAUGACAAUAAUUCAAUUGAAAACACUAAUAUUCCAAAAGUAGAUUCCUCUAAUAUUCCAUCCUUAAAUAAAAUCCAAACUUCUUCAACUGAUAUUGAAGAUGACACCACAUUGCGUUCUAUCGAUAAUAUUGAUGAUAAUAAUUCAAUUGAAAACACUAAUAUUCCAAAAGUAGAUUCCUCUAAUAUUCCAUCCUUAAAUAAAAUCCAAACUUCUUCAACUGAUAUUGAAGAUGACACCACAUUGCGUUCUAUCGAUAAUAUUGAUGAUAAUAAUUCAAUUGAAAACACUAAUAUUCCAAAAGUAGAUUCCUCUAAUAUUCCAUCCUUAAAUAAAAUCCAAACUUCUUCAACUGAUAUUGAAGAUGACACCACAUUGCGUUCUAUCGAUAAUAUUGAUGAUAAUAAUUCAAUUGAAAACACUAAUAUUCCAAAAGUAGAUUCCUCUAAUAUUCCAUCCUUAAAUAAAAUCCAAACUUCUUCAACUGAUAUUGAAGAUGACACCACAUUGCGUUCUAUCGAUAAUAUUGAUGAUAAUAAUUCAAUUGAAAACACUAAUAUUCCAAAAGUAGAUUCCUCUAAUAUUCCAUCCUUAAAUAAAAUCCAAACUUCUUCAACUGAUAUUGAAGAUGACACCACAUUGCGUUCUAUCGAUAAUAUUGAUGAUAAUAAUUCAAUUGAAAACACUAAUAUUCCAAAAGUAGAUUCCUCUAAUAUUCCAUCCUUAAAUAAAAUCCAAACUUCUUCAACUGAUAUUGAAGAUGACACCACAUUGCGUUCUAUCGAUAAUAUUGAUGAUAAUAAUUCAAUUGAAAACACUAAUAUUCCAAAAGUAGAUUCCUCUAAUAUUCCAUCCUUAAAUAAAAUCCAAACUUCUUCAACUGAUAUUGAAGAUGACACCACAUUGCGUUCUAUCGAUAAUAUUGAUGAUAAAAAUUCAAUUGAAAACACUGAUAUUCCAAAAGUAGAAUCCUCAAAUAUUCCAUCCUUAAAUAAAAUCCAAACUUCUUCAACUGAUAUUGAAGAUGACACCAAAUUGCGUUCUAUCGAUAAUAUUGAUGACAAUAAUUCAAUUGAAAACACUAAUAUUCCAAAAGUAGAUUCCUCUAAUAUUCCAUCCUUAAAUAAAAUCCAAACUUCUUCAACUGAUAUUGAAGAUGACACCACAUUGCGUUCUAUCGAUAAUAUUGAUGACAAUAAUUCAAUUGAAAACACUAAUAUUCCAAAAGUAGAUUCCUCUAAUAUUCCAUCCUUAUAUAAAAUCCAAACUUCUUCAACUGAUAUUAAAGAUGAUAUCAAAUCGCGUUUAAUUGAUAAUAUUGAUUAUAAAAAUUCAUUUGAAAAUGCUGAUAUUCCAAAAGUAGAAUCCUCAAAUAUUCCAUCCUUAAACAAACUCGAAACUUCUUCAACCGAUAUUGAAGAUGACACCAAAUCGCAUUUAAUUGAUAAUAUUGAUGAUAAAAAUUCAAUUGAAAAAACUGAUAUUCCAAAAGUAGAUUCCACUAAUAUUCCAUCCAUAAAUAAAAUGGAAGCUUCUUCAACCGAUAUUGAAGAUGACACCAAAUCGCGUUCAAUUCAUAAUAUUGAUGAUAAAAAUUCAAUUGAAAAAACUGAUAUUCCAAAAGUAGAAUCCUCAAAUAUUCCAUCCUUAAAUAUAAUCGAACCUUCUCCAAUCGACAUUUCAUCUUUGAAUAAAAACGAAACUACUUUAAACGUAAUUGGAGAUGAUAAAAAGUCCUUAGAAAGUAUUUACAAUUCAAUUAUUGAAUCCUGUAAUAACCUAUCAUUAAAUAAAACUGAUACUUCCUCGCUCGUUAAUGAUGAUGACACUAAAUUACAUUUUAUUGAUAAUUUUGAUAAUAAAACUUUAAUUGAAAACAGUGAAAAGUCAAUAAUAGAAUUAUGUAAUAUUAUGACUGUUAAUAAAACAGAAUUACGUACAAUUGAUGUAAAUAAUGAAAUCUUAUUUGAGAAUUCUGACGAUUUAUUCAAAAAACGUGAUGACUCUAAAAAUAAUACUUGUACAUCUAAAUUGUCAAAUUCAUCGAUAUCUAAAUCAAUUGGUUCUACUAGUAAUAAAUGUAUAAAAUCUUCAAGUAAAGAUAACUCUUCAAAUAAAAGUGACAAGCAAUUUAGUAUUAAUAAAAUUGAGAAAAGAAAUUCAACUCCUUUUUUAAAAAAUUUAAAAUCUAACAAAGUGAUAAAAAGUGAUAAAAUAAAAGGAUAUAUGGCAUCAACAGAAUCACGAGAUAGAAAAGUGGAAAUUAAUUUACAAUCAAAAUCUAAUAUUGUGGCUCGUCAAAAACAUUUUACUGAAGUACAAAAAACAUAUUUAAAAUCUGUUUCUAAAAUACCUAUUACAAACAAUUCAAGUAAAACUUCAUUGAAAAAAUCUAUAUCUUAUUUAAAACCAGAAUCAGAUAAAAUUAGAAUAUUAAGUGUUCCACCACCAAAAAACUCCUUUGAAAUUAUUACUUCAUCAAAAAAAUUAAAUAUUACAUCUUUACCAGUUAAUCCAGUUGAGAAUGAAAAAUUAUCUAAAAAAAACAAUAAUACGGUUAAAGGAGAAGUUUUAUCUAAUAAUUAUAAACUCUUGUCUACACCCGAAGUAGUGUACUUACAGCCAAUCCUUUUUCCUUCUAUCUCAAUAUCCAAACAACCAUCUUCUAUAAUUGAAUCAAUAUCAUUUGAGGACGCAGAAAUGAUUUCAACUUCCAACUCCGACAAUAAACGGGGAUCAGAGGUACCUAGAUCAUUUUUUCUUUAA